AUGUUUGGUUUCUACGAACAUCAACCAUCAUCAUCAUUUGAUCUAUCUUUAUGUGAUAUGGAAUCAAUAGAUGAAAUACCAUCUGAAUCAAUAUCAUCACAAGUUUCAAUAGAUGAUGAAUUAACAAUAUCAAAUAGAUUAAGUACAACAACAACAACAACAACAUUACAAAAUUCAGUUUUAUUUCGUUUUAAGAAAAAACGCAAACGUAAAAUUGAAUCUGAUACUGUAUCACUUCAUUCAAUUGAAGAAAUUAUUGAUGAACAUUUUCAACGUAAAAAACGUCUUUCAUUACCACGUUUAUCAUCUGUAUCAGAAUUAUUAAGUCCAAUGUGUGAUCGCCUUAUAAAUAUGAUUCAAACAACAAAACAAUCAUCAUCAACAAAUCUUCUUAAUCUUUUAAAUAAUAAUCAUCAUUAUACACAUUAUAAUUAUAAUAAAAAACGUAAAACAACAUCAAAUACAAUAAAAAAAUUUUGUUCAGCUUGGUCAGAAACAUAUGAUGGUGAAAAAUUAAAACAAACAAUGACAGCUACAGAAAUAGAACGACAAAAUGUUCUUUAUGAAUUAUUUUCUGAAGAACAACAAAUGAUUGAAAAUUUAGGUUUAGCACAACGAGUGUAUCGAAAUGGUAUGAAAACAUUAAAUAUUCUUACAGAUUCCGAAUUAAAACAAAUAUUUGGACCAUUAGAAGAUAUUUUACCAUUACAUGCAGAUCUUCUAUAUCGUUUGAAACCAAAAGGACAUAUUUCUAUUGAUGCUAUUGGUCAAAUCUAUCUUGAAUGGUUUCAACGUAUUCGUUCAUGUUAUGUAUCAUAUUGUUCGAAUUUAAUUAAUGCAAAAGAAUUACUCGAUGCUAAACGUUGUGAAGAAAAUGGUCGUGUUGAUGAUUAUCUUAAACGAUGUACUGAUUCAGGUUUUAGUCGAAAACUUGAUCUAUGGGAUUUUCUUGAUCAACCACGAAGUCGUUUAAUGAAAUAUCCAAUACUAUUCAAACGUAUUCAUAAACGAACGAAAGAUGGACAUGAAGAUAAACGAAUAUUACUUGAAACAAUAAAUAUUGUUGAAAAAUUAAUAAAUGAUGUUAGUCAAGCAACAUCAGCUCAAAUUUGUUCUAAUGUUAUUGCAAAACUUGUUUAUACAAAUGAUGAACAAAAACAUCCAUUAAUUGAAAAACAAACACAUUUAGUUUGUCAAGGUGAAUUAAAAAAUAAUCGUGGUCAGAAAUUAUAUGUAUUUUUAUUUGAUGAAAUACUUUUAUUUACACGUAUUGCUACACGAAAUGGUUUUAAAUCUUAUCAAUUAAUAAAUUAUCCUAUAUUAAUUGAAUUCUUACAUAUUGAAGAUAUUGAAGAUGGUGUUAAAAUACCAGAAUUAUCAUCAGGAAGUUUUUCACGAACAUUAGCUGGAUCAAAACCAGCACGAAAUGUAUUUCGUUGUUCAUCAUUAUCAACAUCAGAUAAUAAUAAUAAGAAUUCAAUUAUACUACAAGCACGUGAUAUGUAUGAUAAACAACAAUGGUUAAGUGCUUUUCGUUCAAUAAUAAUUAUGAAAGAGCAAUGA